AUGAUAACAUCGUUAUGGAAGAGUCGGCGCAAAUUCUCGAAGUUGAAACUUUCAUUCCACUUUUUGUUGCAGGUUCGUAGCACACAAAAAAAUCUUUCCAAAAUAAUUUUUUUAGUUUAGAUGAGUUUUUUUAAAAAAACUUGACAGGAACCUUGUUUGCUGAUAAUUUUUACCAGAUCUGUGGAAAGUUUUAUUUUACUUUGAAUACCAGAACUAAGAAGUCUCGAGGAAAUUAGAUGAGUUCAGGAGAUUUUUUCUUGAAAAUACCUAGUUACUUUUUUUUUGCACUCAUGAUUAAUUUUUUUGAAAAAAAGAAGUUUCGAUUUCAAAAAGACUUUUUUUCUCAAAAAGGCGUGUUGAUGACACAUGAUAAAGCGGGAAAGUUCCAGUAAGAUUUUAAUAAACGAAAUUUGAUUAAUAGUGUUAUAUAAAAUGAAAAACUUUUUCACCAAAGGUCAACUGUUCCUUCAGUUUUUUUGUCCUCUACAAAUCACAUAUUUUCAGUAUUUAUCUCAAAUACUGUGGCUAUGAACAGAGCUGGACCACAGUUUUCAGAAUCCGCAGGACGGCAGGAACCGACUGAAGCGCUGGAUCAUGAUCGGAGAUCAUCACCAGCUGCCUCCAGUCGUUCAGAACCAGGCCUUCCAGAAGUACUCCAACAUGGAGCAGUCGCUUUUCGCCAGAUUUGUCCGCCUCGGCGUGCCCUACGUGAUGCUCGACAAGCAAGGCCGUGCUCGUUCUGAGUACGUUUUUGGCGUUUUAGCCACGGGAACGUCGCCUUGUUGCUACACGACUUGAUCCUCCUCCAGGCAAUCACGCUGUUUUGCUAUUUUCGGCGCGUUUCUUAUUACGGGGUGUCAUUCUUGUGUCGUUCUUGCCUCUUGUCACAAGAUUACUUAUUGAGUCAACAAAGCGUUUUGAGAUUAUGGUAACAUCCGGAAGGAAGGGAAAUAUAUUGCCCAGCCCCAUCUUACAAAGGAGGUCAUUUUAAUUUGCAGUUUUCCUAAAAAUUGGCCAGAACAACCAAAUAUGUACCAAGAAACAUCCUAAAAAUGUCAAGCUGCCCAACUUUCUAGUUGUUGAGAGAAAGCAUCUCCAAGUCAAAGGUAUAUCUCAAAAUCCGUUAAAAGGCCAUUUUGGGGUUUUGAGCUUUUACUUCUCGAAAAAUUUUUUUCCCCUUUUUUUUUGAUUUUGAACUUCUAACUUUUUAUACUUUAGACAAUACUGGUUACAUUCUUUUUUUUUGGAAUUUAUUUCUAAGAAUUUGAACAGUUUUUUCGAAGUACUACUUUUUCCCAUACCGUUCAUCGGAAGAACAGUCAAGAAGUAGAGAGAAAGAGCUUUAUCUAUGAGAAUACCAUUUAUUUACGCAGGAACAUCUCGUCAGUGUGACACUUCCCGAGUGAUAAUGCGCUCCACACCAUUCAAAAUGAUUUUAUUGUUUCACGAGCUUUUUUGUCUGUCAUUUUUACUUCUGGCUCUUUUGAGGUUGAAGCUAACUUUAGAAUAUUAUAGAAUUGCUUCGUUGUACUCGUGGAGAUACAAAACACUGGGCAACCUGCCACACGUGGAAGCCUUGCCUCUUUUCCAACAUGCGAAUGCCGGGUUCGGCUUUCCCUUCCAACUCAUCAAUGUCCCAGACUUCAACGGAAUGGGCGAAACGCAGCCGAGUCCAUAUUUCUAUCAGGUAAAUAUGAGAAUUCAUAAAAAAAGAGACGAUAUGAGUGUACGAAAUGAAAUGUAACCCAUUCAGACAGGCCUUGUCUCGUGUCUUUUGCACAGUUUUUGACUCGUUCUCUUGCUAUAUUUUGAUAUACUUGAUUUGUUAAAAGUUUGAAAUUAUCCUAACGAGGGAGCAUCGCAGAUAUGAUUCAAACUUCUGUGGUGGGAAGUCCUAGAAAAAAAAACUGAGUUUCGCAACAAGAAAACGCAUUAAGUCCCCCGUGAAAAAAUCAAGAUAUUCGAUUUAAAAAGAAUUCGGUCAACCCACUACUUUUUUUGAACUUUUUGAAAUUUCAGGGUUUGAUAACUUGAUAAAAAAAUUUUUGUAUAAAUAAUGGAUGUUCGAAUUUUCCUUGAUAGCUUAUUUAUAUAUUCCAGUUGAAAAAACGUUGUCUUACAUAUAAAUCCACUUUAGAAUCUUGGCGAAGCCGAGUACGCGAUUGCCUUGUACACGUAUAUGCGGAUUUUGGGAUACCCGGCGGAAAAAAUAUCGAUCAUAACGACAUACAACGGACAAGUGAGUCUCAAUCGUGCAACUUCGUAAGAUUGGUCUUUUUUAGGCUCAACUUCUGAGGGACGUCGCCGAAAGACGCUGCGCCAACAAUCCGCUGAUCGGCUUGCCUGGAAAGGUUGCUCAGAAUCGCCAGUGAACUUGCUAACUUUGUUUUGCAGAUCUCGACGGUCGACAAGUACCAAGGUCAACAGAACGACUUCAUAAUUCUGUCGUUGGUGCGUACCAAGAACAUUGGUCAUAUCAGGUGCCGGCCUUCUUCGAUUUCGGCCUCUCACUGCGAUAUUUCAGAGAUGUCCGACGUUUGGUCGUCGCGUUGUCUCGCGCUCGCCUCGGUCUUUACGUGCUGGCCAGAUCUGAGAUUUUCAUGAACUGCUUCGAAUUGACUCCGGCUAUCAAAAUUGUAAGUUUUCUCGAUGAUCGUAUUAAUUUGGAAAAUAAGGGAAAACUUUUAAUUUCAAGUCUUUUCCACUUUGAGGAUUUGACUUAAGAAUGAUGUAGACGAGAUAUAGAAAAAUAUUCUCUCGACUUUUUUUCAACCGGCUGCUGUUUUUCAGUUUGCUCAGUAUCCGCCAAAACUGAUUCUACUUCCUUUCGAGCCUUAUCCGACGGAGCGAAAAGUAAGUUUCCAAAUGCUUGCAAAAAUUACGGGUGAUUUAUUUCAGCUGAAGGAACGGUCAACUCUCGGAGAGCCGCUUCAAAUAGAAGACACAGUCCAUAUGACGCAUUUUGUCCACGAGUUCUACAUGAGCAAUUUGGAUUCGUUGAGGGCGAGCUAUGAAGAAGUGUUGGCAGAAUACCAACAAAGCAUUCGAGUAAUUUGUCCGGCCAGCUAAAGCCGCCUUCUUACUGAGACGAUGACGAAUAUUUGCAGCAACUUGCGCCGCCUUCGCAGACCGACGAAGGCCUCGGAGCGGAGACGGAAGCCGAGAAAAGGUCGCGCGAGGCUCUGGAAAAGCAGCGGCAGAAGGAGGAGCUGGACAAGAAGGAGGCCGACAUCGUCUUCGAAGACAUGGACUUCGAGCGGAUGGAAGAGCCGCCAAAUGUUUGAACUCAUUGAUUUUAUUGUUAUUUAUCAUUCUGUUGUUAUAUUCCUCGUUUGUUAUCACGGCGUAACCUAUGAUCUUUGCGCGAUCCUGUGUCUAUUUCAUUUUUCUAUGAUCCUUUCUUGUUAACUUUAAAAAUAAAUAUUCCGAUAGCUAUGCGUUAUCAGUUUCGUUUGAAUGUGCUGGUACUCGCUCCGUAUUUUUUAAACAUUUUUUUUUUCAAUUUUCGAUUCAUCUUCAAUUUUUUUUAGGUUCUUAGGAAUCUCAAAAUAAGAGGAUGACGACAGCAGCAGAGAAAAUGAACGGAGAAACGGUAUCCAAUAUUUGUUUUUAGUUAUCAUCUGGAUUUUUCAGCCGGAUUGUGAGAAAAUGACGCUCGAAGACUCGGACGACGUCGUAACGCCGUGGAGCGUGACUUCGAGCAGCGCGGCGGGCGUCGACUACGACAAACUCAUAGGUUUUUCGCUUGGCUCUUAGUCAGGUCAAGUAUCGAGCUUUCAGUGAAGUUUGGAUGUCGGAAACUGACUGAGGAGUUGGUGGAACGGUUCGAGAAAGUCACUGGUCAUAAGCCUCAUCCGAUGCUUCGCCGGGGAAUGUUCUUUGCUCAUCGGUUGGUUUUGCCGGCUCUCUCCCGGUCUUUUCGUCUUUAUUCGCAUUAGAAAAACGAGAAUAGUCAAAGUUGAGAAGCGUUUUUCGCUUUAACCCAAAGGUUGAGUCAGUAAAUUAAGGGGGUGUUUUGCAAAUAGGAGCUUCAUAAAUGCAGCGAAGGAAUCUUAGUAUCAUUUAAUUUAUCGUUUAACGUUACCUUUUUAGAAUUGGAAAAUCUCUACAAAAUAAUCGUAGACUAUGCACAUCUGUCAUGGUUAUCCCAGUUUUCUCAUGAAUCUCGUUCGUCUUCUUUCAAAAAUAUUCAAAAUUGAUUUAUUUUUACGCUUUCUAGCUUUUAAAGCUUCUAUACUGCUCUUGCAACAACUCCGAACGCCAUGCUUUAGUUUUUUCGUUUUUUUUUUUCUGAAAAGAAGUGAUGUUAUUCUGAAAAUUAUGGCUGUAAAGAUAUUUGUCUAUGUUUGUUUGAUCAUGUUUGCUUGUUUUCAAGACAAAUUUUUUAGGUGUGAAAAAAAGUAUUCAAAAAAAGUUUGUAUACAAAAAUGUCCAAUUUGUCGCUGGCUUUCGUUUAAAAGAGGUUUCAGUCGAUUCGGACCACGGAGAAAAAAGAGAUUUUUUUCGUUUUCGGCUGCAGAAACCCUCAAAAGGGGCGGAGCCUGUCAAAACCUCAACUGAAAGAUCUCAUUUUUUUAAAUUGAAUAUGUCUGAUUGAUUUUUUGUGGUUUUGAAAAGAAACUGUUAGUAGACGACGGGUUGAGGAGGCAGUUUUUGCUUGCAACUGAGAUUUGCAGAGAUCUGUCAGCGAUUCUGGACCGGAAGGAGCAGGGAAAGCCGUUCUACCUUUACACGGGCCGCGGCGCCUCCAGUGGAAGUCUGCACCUAGGUCACCUCGUACCGUUCAUUUUCACCAAGUGGCUGCAGGAUGUCUUCGAUGUGCCCCUCAUCAUCCAGGUAUUUCUCAGUCUUCUUAUUUUUCCACUACCAGUUUCGCUGUUCAAGAUGACGGACGACGAGAAAUUUCUGUGGAAAGAUAUUAAAAUUGACGAGGCGAAGAAAAUGGCUCGCGAGAACAUCAAGGUUUUUAAUCUUGCCAAUAUUCUGUGCAAUUUAUUCACGCCGUCGUAUUCUUCUCGAAAACAAAUAAAGCGUGUUCAGGACAUCAUCUCUGUCGGCUUCGAUCCUGCGAAAACUUUUAUUUUCAACAAUUUGGACUACAUGUGGUAAAAAACAAACCGCAUCUCGGAGUUUUCGUAAAGUUAAUUUCUUCAGCCCGCCGUUUUAUGAGAAUGUCGUUAAAGUUUGGAAAGUGGUGAACAAUAACCAAGCGCGUGCUAUUUUCGGCUUCACGCCAGAAGACAACUUGGGAAAGGCAUGAAUUCCUAUUAUGUGUUUAGAAACAAAACAGUUAACAGUAGAAUCGAGUUCAUAGACCGAUAGAUAAGCCUAAAUUAUUUGCUUCUCGCUUUCAAUGACUAGGCGUACCCGUACUGAGAAAAAAGUAUUUGAGAUUAGUUUUUAUUUUUUUUCUUGAAUAUAUAUAUAUAUCCUUACUUGAUGGCCAGCAUCUUCACCAAUACACUUUACGCUUCAUAGGGGAAAUUUAUUGAAGAAAAUUUCCUUGAAGGCGGCGUUCCCAGCGAUCGAAGCGGCCCCCUGCUUCGCCUCGUCGUUCCCCCAUGUUUUCGGCAAGCGAACGGACCUGCCUUGUCUGAUUCCAUGUGCCAUCGAUCAAGUAAGGACCUUCGACCUGGACGACGUGACCAAUGAGUUCAGGAUCCUUUCUUCCGAAUGGCGCGAGACGUCGCUCCUAGGUUGAAAUACCCGAAGCCGGCCCUUAUCUAUUCGACCUUCUUGCCUGCGCUGCAGGUUUUUCUUCCUAAUGCAAGCUAUCGUCAAAGCUUAUCGAAAUUCCAGGGCGCUCAAACGAAAAUGAACGCCAGUGAGCCCAAUACGUGCGUUUUCCUCAGUGACACCGCCAAACAAAUCAAAAAUAAGGUGGAGUUUGAGAAAAAAAAGAAAGGAUAUUGUAUUUACAACUAAGUUAAAUUAAAGUUUUGCGUUAUAAACUUUGGUAAAUAUCAUAUAAACUUGUUCAUAGGCUGGUUCGUAUACAGGUGAACCAGCACAAGAAAAAAAACAAUCCUAUUUUUGCAAAUUUCUCAAAUCCUGAAAAUUCUUUUCCCAUAAGAGUUCCGAUAUUAUCAGAUAUAGCACUUGAAUUUAGCAAAAAAAAAGUUCGAGGUGUACCUGUGAUGAAGUAAGAUGAACAAUUGGUCUCAAGAAGCCGCACUGACGCUUGAAGACGAGAACUUCUCUUGCUUGCAAAUACCAAUUUCUGGAAACAAUUUUCAGAAGCGAUGAACAUUUUCAAAGUUUACUUUUCUCAAAUGAAGGUCUCAUUAGUUUUCAGAUAAACAAAUACGCGUUUUCGGGUGGACAGCCUACAGUGGAGGAACAUCGUGAGAAGGGCGGUAACUGCGAAGUCGACAUCAGCUAUCAAUUCUUGCGGUUUUUCCUCGAAGAUGACGAAAAGCUGGAAGAGAUUCGCCAGGUGACUUCAGGCUCCGGCAUGUCCAUGAAUGAUUGUUGUUUCCAGAAAUACACAAAAGGAGAGAUUCUGACGGGAGAACUGAAGGCGAUGGCCGUCGCAGAAGUGACUCGCGUCGUGCUCCUCAUGCAGGAGCGGCGGAAAACAGUCACGGACGCCACUGUGGAAGAAUUCACAGCUAUCCGUUCACUUGCCUACAGUUAUUAG